GUUUACUACACCACGAGAUCGAGGUCCACGUUCCAAAUAAUGCACGUCUGUAUCAGCUUAACCGUGGCCACAAAACCAGAAAAUAUGAUUUUAUCCUACGUACAACACCUACUACAGCUAUAGGUGUUGGUACGCCUCGGCCUCAGCAGUCAGCCCAGCCAUGCGCUAUAUAUAUAUGUAUCUCCUGUUGAAUCCUGGUCUCUCACUCUCUCUGCUCCGGCCAAAGCACAUUUGGACACACAGGUCGAGUGACAGACUGACGCAGAUAGCUAGCUAGAGAGAGAUCGAGAUGGAAGAAGAAGCCAAGCAGGAGUUCACCAAGGACGGCUCCGUCGACCUCCGUGGCCGGCCCGCCGUCGCCGCUCGCACCGGCCGCUGGAAGGCCUGCUCCUUCCUAGUAGUGCAGGGUACGAGGCGUUCGAGCGGAUGGCGUUCUACGGGGUGGCGGCGAACCUGGUGGUGUACCUGACGACGGAGUUGCGGGAGGAGACGGUGUCGUCGGUGCGGAACGUGAACAACUGGACGGGCUCCGUCUGGAUGACCCCCAUCGCCGGCGCCUACAUCGCCGACGCCUUCCUCGGCCGCUUCUGGACCUUCACCGUCUCCUCCCUCAUCUACCUCACGGGAAUGAUUCUGACAACGUUGUCCGUCUCCCUCAAGGCGCUGCACCCGCAGUGCACGCCGGACGGCGCCUGCGCGCCGGCGACGCGGUCGCAGGUGGCCUUCUUCUACGCGGCGCUGUACACCAUGGCCAUCGGCGCCGGCGGCACCAAGCCCAACAUCUCCACGUUCGGCGCCGACCAGUUCGACGACUUCGACGCCCGGGAGAGCCGCACCAAGGCCUCCUUCUUCAACUGGUGGAUGUUCAGCUCCUUCACCGGCGGCCUCGUCGCCGUGCUCGUCCUCGUCUACGUCCAGGAGAACGUCGGCUGGGGCGUCGGCUACGCCAUCCCCACCGCCGGCCUCGCCCUGUCGCUGCUGCUCUUCUACGUCGGCACGCCGUUCUACCGCCACAAGCCUGUCCGCCGGGGCGCCGCCGCCGGCCCCGCGAGGCUCGUCGGGAGGGUGUUCAGGGCGGCGUUCGCGAACCGGAGACGGCAGCUGCACGGUGAUCAGCUGCACGAGCACGACGCGGCGUGGUACGCCGCCGCCGGGACGAAGCGGCGGCUGCACCACACGCGGGGCUACAGGUUCUUGGACAAGGCGGCGCUGCCGGCGGCGGCGGCGGAGGCGGAGGCGUGCACGGUGACGGAGGUGGAGGAGGUGAAGCUGAUCACGGGGAUGAUCGUGGUGUGGCUGACGACGCUGGUGCCGUGCACCAUCUGGGCGCAGGUGAACACGCUGUUCGUGAAGCAGGGCACCACCCUGGACCGCACCGUCGGCGGCGUCCGCAUCCCGGCGGCCUCCCUCGGCAGCUUCAUCACCAUCUCCAUGCUCCUCUCCAUCCCGGUCUACGACCGCGUGCUCGUCCCCCUCGCCCGCCGCCGCACCGGCGAACCCCGCGGCAUCACGCUCCUGCAGCGCCUCGGCGUCGGGUCGGCGCUCCAGGUGGCGGCGGUGGCGUGCGCCUGCCUCGUGGAGCUCCGCCGCAUGCGCGCGAUCCGCGCCGCCUCCGCCACGGCCGCCCACGACACCGUCCCGAUGAGCAUCUUCUGGAUGCUGCCGCAGUACAUCCUCAUCGGCGUCGGCGACGUGUUCAGCUCCGUCGGCAUCCUCGAGUUCUUCUACGAGCAGUCGCCGCAGGGGAUGCAGAGCCUCGGCACCACCUUCUUCACCAGCGGCCUCGGCGUCGGAAACUUCCUCAACAGCCUGCUCGUCACCGCCGUCGACCGCGCCACCAGGGGCGGCGGCGCCGGCAAGAGCUGGAUCGGCGACAACCUCAACGACUCGCACCUCGACUACUACUACGCCUUCCUGCUGCUGCUCGCGGUGAUCAACCUGGCGGUGUUCGUGUGGGUGGCGACGAGGUACGAGUACAAGAAGGAGUACUUGUCGGACGGCGGGGACGUCGUCGCCGGGAUGGCGUCGCGGGAGACGGAGAUGGCCGGCGGCGGCAAGGGGAAGGUGGUGGAGAGGAGCAAGGUGAUCGACGCGCCAUUGGUGGUGGUGGAAGAAGUGCGUGCCGUAUAAUUUGCGGUUCAUACUGAGUAACUUGGUAUAGAACUAUAGAUCAUCAGCAUAUACGUACGGAAUACACGUAUAAAACUAUAUAUACGUAUAUAAUGGACCAUACAUGGGUUGAAAUUCGGGUUAAGCAAUAUGGAAAUGCCACGUACCAUAAUCCCGUCCGGACGGGAUCCCUUUUGUCCCCUUGAA